AUGGCCGAGUGGUCUGUGCAGGAUGUUGUGCAAGACAUGAAGGACAAUGCGAAGUUGUUGGCCAAUAGAAAGGGCAAGGCUACCGGCGGCCUUCAGCAAGGGGUGUUGAAGUCCAUUUUGUUUCGCUUAGAGAGCUUGCAUCAUUUGGAUGCAGCAGGAGCUCUCGAGCUGCACAAGGCAGUUCAAGAGAGCUCUUUUCCGGAGGACAUGCAAGAAGCCAUUGCCGGCAAAGUGGACCAGCUCAUGGGCGAGGCUUGCGAGGAGCAGGAGCCUGCCACACUGCAGUCGCUCAAGCCGCAGCAUUUGAAGUGUUUGUACAACUACUUCACCCAGAGCGAGUGGGAUGUCUUGACAAGUUUGGAGGCUUCCUGGUACUCGAAGGAGCAGGUCACCAUUGCACGGCUCAAGAGCCUUGGGUUCCGAAGCUUGGCAGAGUCGACCGUGAAACAUUCGAUCGCUACGAUGGCAUGCUUCAUGGACAGCAUUCCGUCGUCUGACAAGAUGCACGACCUUGCAUGUCAGCUCAAGACGGCAUUCGCGAACUCGGAAGAGCAGCAAGUUGAUCACAGCAUCUAUUUGGUCAAGUUCCCCGACAGCCCUGCCAAACUUCCCCGGGCCCUCUUCGAGGCGGCCUACCCAGAUGAGAAGCCAGUGGCUCGGCGACCAGAGAAUUAUCCUCACAUCCUCAAGCUGUGCCCUGUGAGAACUUCCCACAGGAAUGUCGCCCAGAGCAAGAAAAGGAAGAUGAUGGAGCUGCAGCAGCCUGCUGCCACUUCUUCCGAGCUCAAGGGCUGUUCUCACAGCGAGCCUACGGGCUUUCACAGCUUUCCUCAAAGCCAGGCCGGAUUUGGGAUGCAGGAGUUCAUGGGCAUGAUGAAGGCUGUCGCACAGGUGGCCAAUGUCUUCCAGCAGAACCAGCCGGGUGGACAGCAGUUCAAGCCGAAGCCGAAGGCUAAGGCUUUGAAGAUGUUGCCGCCAGCACCCAAAGAGCCUCCGGCUGAGGAAGAGCCUCCGGCUGAGGAUGAGCCUCCGGCUGAGGAUGAGGAGAGUGAGGAAGAGGAGCAGGCCGAGAAGACGACUGAUGAGAAGAAGACAGGCCGUGCGGGGAUUGACGAGCAGCUUUUCCUGGCCUUGAAGGACAAGAAAGCGAAUGCGGGCAAUGGGCAGAAGACAUCAAAAGCCAGUAAGGCUCAGGGCAAGCCCAAGAGCAAGUCCAAAGCCAAGGGUCAGGCUGAGGGUGGAAAGAAGCCCACUGCUGCAAGCUUGCCACGGUACAUCGCUGAGAAGCCCACGGCUGCACAGAGAAAAGCUCGCAGAGACAGUUACGUGGACAAGCACUACCACAAGGGCAGAGACAUCGCCCGACGAAGCGGCUGCGACGAUGAGGCUUGCAAAGAAUAUGCUAGAUCAGCUCGUGCAGCAGCAGCAAAGCUGUGGGACAAGUGA